AUGCUAAAAGCCAUAAUUUUAAUUGGAGGGCCACAAAAAGGAACAAGGUUUAGGCCUCUUUCAUUAGAUAUUCCUAAACCUCUUUUUCCGGUAGCUGGUUUACCAUUGAUUCAACAUCACAUUGAAGCAUGCAGUGCCAUAGAAGGGGUAAAAGAAAUUCUUAUAAUUGGAUUUUACCCCAUAUCUCAAAUCCAACCAUUUGCAACAGAAAUGCAACAUUUGUACAACAUAACAGUCAAAUACCUCCAAGAAUAUGUGGCAUUAGGUACAGCUGGUGGCUUGUACCAUUUUAGAGAUCAAAUUAGAUUUGGAAAUCCAGAGGCAUUUUUUGUAAUGAAUGGUGAUGUAUGUUCGGAUUUUCCCUUAGCUGAACUUUACCAAUUUCACAAAGAAACAUGGGCAAAAUCUGGCAAAAAAGCAUUAGUUACAAUAAUGGGAACAGAAGCAACUAGACAUCAGUCUCUAAACUAUGGAUGCAUAGUUACAAAUAAAGAGACUUUGGAAGUGACUCACUAUGUUGAAAAACCCAGUUCAUAUGUGUCAACAUUAAUAAAUUGUGGAGUAUAUGUAUUUUCUCCUGAAAUAUUCCAUACAAUAGGCGCAGUAAAACAGUGA